AUGUCAAAAGGUUUGGAUGAUGAAACAACCACCAAAGAAAGACUAGCACGCUGGAAAAAACGCUUGCGAAACCCAACAGAGUUACAACUACCGACUGACUACCCACGGCCACUGCCUUUACAAGUGGUAGAGGCUGUUCAGACAUUACACCUACCAGAGGCGACAUCUUAUGCGGUUUUGCAGCUGUCUUUGUCGAUACCUCCGUUAUCAUUCUCAUCCGAUCAAACCAUCAAUAAGAAUCAAAAUAGAAUUGUUGUAUCAGAGAAUCACCGUCAUCCAUCCCCAUUUACUAUUUUGUUAGCCGCGUUCGCGGUGUUACUCUAUCGAUAUACUGGUGAUGAAGAUAUAAUUGUUGGGUCUUCAUCCGAUUCACGGAAUCCUCUUUUUCUGAGGUUGGCUAUUAAUCCUGCGGAUACUUUUACAAAUGUAGUGCAACGAGUUGAACAGGUUGAACAAGAAGCAUCAGCUGAUGAAGUUCCAUUUCACUUGCUCCUGUCUUCAUUAUUUCCUGAGGACAGUAGUAGCACAUCCAAUAUUAAUAAUAGCAACUCUACCACAUAUAUCACGCACAAAUCACUAUCUCGCGUCCGCUUCUUUAAUCAAACUGACACACCCGACAACCCAGUACUCCAAGUAACAUCAACCUUUACCGAUCUCACUGUAUUUAUUACCUCCCACUCAUCAUCAUCUCUUCGUCACACGCUCUUGCCCGCAAUAGAAAUCUGCGUCUCCUACAAUCAAAUACUAUUCUCAUCUCUACGAAUCAACCAUAUUCUCGACCAACUCAUCAUCAUAAUAAACAAUGUCGCACAAAAUAAGGAGAUUCCUGUGGCACAGAUACCCAUUCUUACGUCAAAAUGUCUCGAGGUCCUGCCGGAUCCGACAUCGGAUUUGAAGUGGGGUGAAUUUAAGGGCGCGAUUACUGAUGUAUUUGCAAGGAAUGCUAAAAUGUGGCCGGAUAGACGGUGUGUUUUGGAAAGUGUUUUGGGUAAUGACAAUGAGAAAAAGAUUUUCACUUAUCGUGAAAUUCAUGAGGCGUCUAAUUUAGUGGCACAGUAUUUGAGAUUGAAGGGAAUUGAACGGGAGGAUGUUGUGAUGGUGUAUGCUUAUCGAGGAGUCGAUCUUGUUGUGGCUGUUAUGGGUGUAUUGAAAGCUGGUGCGACGUUUAGUGUCAUUGAUCCCGCCUAUCCACCAGACCGUCAAAAUAUCUAUCUACAAGUUGCACAACCUCGCGGGAUAAUCGUAUUGAAAAAAGCGGGCACAUUGAACUCUACUGUCCGCUCAUACAUUCAAGCGAAUCUAUCAAUAAAAUGUGAAAUUCCAGCUCUACGAAUUUUAGAAGAUAACAAAGGAGUAAAGGGUGGAGAAAUAGAUGGAAAAGAUAUUUUUGAUAUUUUACGCGGAUUUGAAUCGCAAGACCUUGGGAUUGUCAUUGGACCAGAUAGUAUUGGGACGUUGAGUUUCACUAGUGGAAGUACUGGUGUAAGAGGACGACAUUUCUCUUUAACCCACUAUUACCCAUGGAUGUCUCAAGAAUUCGGUCUUUCGGAGAAAGAUCGAUUUACAAUGUUGAGUGGGAUUGCGCAUGACCCGAUUCAGCGUGAUAUAUUCACUCCACUCUUUCUUGGGGCUGAGUUGCAUGUUCCAACCAGUGAAGAUAUUGGAAUUCCAGGAAGUUUGGCGACCUGGAUGGCAGAAAGCAAAAUUACAGUCACACAUCUGACCCCUGCUAUGGGUCAACUACUCUCUGCAAAUGCAAGCACACCGAUCCCAAGUCUCCGAAAUGCAUUCUUCGUCGGCGAUAUUCUAACAAAACGCGAUUGUAAUCGUUUACAGCGUCUAGCUCCAAACACUGCCAUCAUAAACAUGUAUGGAACGACAGAAACGCAACGUUCUGUCUCCUACUUUACCAUCCCACCUCUUUCGUCCGCGCCGACAUUUCUUGCAUCCCAAAAAGAUGUGAUACCGGCUGGCAAGGGAAUGCAAAAUGUUCAGCUGUUGGUUGUGAAUCGACAUAAUAUGAAUGUUUUAUGUGGUGUGGGCGAGAUUGGGGAAAUUUAUGUGAGGGCUGGUGGAUUGGCCGAAGGGUAUUUGCAGCUGGAACAGGUUACCCGUGAAAAGUUUUUGACGAACUGGUUUAGUGACGGGAAAAAUAAAAAUGAUGAUGAUGAAAAAGGAUCAGAGGAGUGGCGAGCUUAUUGGAAAGGAAAGAGAGAUAGAUUGUACAAGACUGGUGAUCUUGGAAGAUACAGACCCGAUGGAAAUGUUGAGUGCGUCGGUCGCGCAGACGACCAAAUAAAAAUCCGUGGGUUCCGUAUCGAGCUCGGCGAAAUCGAUACACAUCUUUCACAACAUCCGCUCGUUCGUGAGAAUGUCACGUUGGUUCGUCGUGACAAAUACGAAGAACAAACAUUGGUUAGCUACUUUGUACCCGUGGAAUCAAGUGAAAUGGCUGAAUUUUUGAGUUCGACCGAUGAGGAUGAUGAUGAAGACGACGCGGGUACUAAAGGACGACAAAAAUAUCGACGACUUAUUAAGGAAAUUAGAGAGUAUUUGAAGCAGAAAUUGCCGAGCUAUAGUGUUCCAAGUGUAUUUGUUCCGCUACGAAAAAUGCCAUUAACACCGAAUGGCAAAAUUGAUAAGCCUGCAUUACCUUUCCCCGAUACUGCACAACUUACCGCUUCCAAAGCACCAUCUACUACACACACCAAAGACGACACCCAUCUUCAAAACCUGACACCCAUCGAACAAACGAUCCACAAAAUAUGGUCACAACUACUUCCAGAACCGCCAAAACCCGUGAUACCAAUUGAUGAAAACUUUUUCGAUCUUGGCGGCCAUUCGAUCAUUGCCACCCGCCUGAUAUUCGAACUGCGUAAAGCGUGUGGUGUUAAUGUUCCUCUAGGAUUAGUAUUCCAGGAACCGACGAUUCGAGGACAAGCAAAAGAGAUUGAAGGAAUACUGAAUCUAGAAUUGAAUAUCGCAAAUAGUGACAAUAGCACUAACAGCAACAAUAAAAUUAAUAAGAUUGAUGUUAAAACGAUGGAUGAAAGCAGUUCGAAUACCAAAGAAGAUGACCAAGUUUAUGAUUACGCAGCCGAACUUGAGCCGUUGAUUGCAGAGUAUUUAUUAGACAGUUACAAUCCAUUGCCUGUCAAUAGUCACAGAAAGACAAUAUUUGUUACAGGCGUAACUGGAUUUUUGGGAACGUUUAUUCUAUCAUCUUUAUUGGAUACUAGUAAUGAAAUAAAAGUUAUUGCGCACGUGCGAGCCAAAUCAAAAGAACUAGCAUUAGAGCGAGUACAGAAAAGUUUAAAAGCACAUAUGGUAUGGCGGGAAGAAUGGUUUACCGAAAAUCGAUUAGAAGUAGUGUGCGGUGACUUGGAAAAAGAAAGAUUAGGCAUUGACGAGGAUGAAUGGCGGAUAUUGACAGAACAAGUUGAUGUCGUGAUUCAUAAUGGUGCAUUGGUACACUGGGUUUAUCCAUACACGAAACUACGUGCUGCCAAUGUUCUGAGCACAUUAUGGGCUAUAAGAUUAGCAUCGACACAUCACACAAA